UCAGACAACCUGGGCCAUUGAAGAAUUUCAGACUGCUGGCUCCUCUUUAAUAUUUAUUUUAUCACCUUUUUUGCUUUCUGUCUUCCCUGCAGGCAGAUCAGGAGCGGUGCAGAGAAAUUUCCUUACUCGAUGACCUUUCAUCGCGAUGUCCGAUCGUUCGGGGCAAAUAACCAAGGGAAAGGAUGGGAAAACCAAGUACAGCACACUCAGCCUGUUUGAUAAAUAUAAAGGAAAGUCAGUAGAAACAGUUAGAAGUACAGUUAUUCCUAGACAUGGCUUGCAGAGUCUCGGGAAAGUUGCUUCCGCGCGGCGCAUGCCCCCUCCUGCCAACUUGCCAAGUUUGAAAUCGGAGCAUAAAGGAAACGACCCCAACAUCAUCAUCGUGCCGAAGGACGGAACAGGAUGGGCAAACAAGCAGGACCCUCCAGAGCAAAAGAGUUCCAGUUGCACAGCCGCACAGCCGCGGGAGUCGCUGCCGCAGCAGGAUUCACAGAAAUCUGUCUCCAAUUUACAGAAACGGAACCUGUCAAUCAGCCAGGAGAAUACAAAUUCAGCACUCGGUGGUGUAAAAUCAUGGGCGCAGCUGAAUGGAAAGCCAGCCAGAGUAGAAGGUGGUUCAAGGGGCUCAAGCCGACUGUUAUCCUUCUCUCCCGAGGAUUUUCCAACGUUGAAAGCAGCUGGCGAGCAGGACAGGUCUGGCAAAGAAAAGGGCACCUUAGAUCCGUCGUAUGGGCCCGGACCAAGCCUCCGCCCCCAGAAUGUCACAAGUUGGAGGGAAGGUGGUGGUAGAAACAGUACCUCAGCCACCUCUUUGUCCCCCUUCCCCACCGAACUGGGUACCAAGAGCUCCAGCACGGGUGAGGAUGUUCCGACCUCAGCCAAUGGGGCUGAUCCCAAGGACCUUUCUCUCCGCCCGUCUCUCCCUGCUCGCAAAGGAGCAUCACAGUUUAUGGCAAACACGUACCAGCCACCCACAUACCACGACAUGCUUCCUGCCUUCAUGUGUUCAAAUCCGCCAGCCGAGACCCCAAGCCUACCUGAACGGGCGUCCUUUCCUCUCCCCUCCUUCUGCCUGGAGCCCCGUGUUCCCUUCAGGCAGCAUCAGCCAGUCGACCCAGACGGAAAAGACAAGCGACUCGGGCCCCCACGCCCAGUUCGUCUGGUCCGACCGCCGGGAGAGCGAGUCCCCAGGCCGACCAUCAUCAACGCAGAGAACCUGAAAGGUCUGGAUGAACUGGACAACGAUACAGAGGAUGGCUGGGCAGGAAUUCACGACGAAGUGGAUUAUUCCGAAAAACUGAAGUUCAGUGAGGAUGAGGAGGAGGAAGACACCCUCAAAGACGGGAGACAGAAAUGGAAUGGCUGGGAUCCCCGAAGGCCUCCUUUGCUGAGCUCGGCCGAAAGCACCGAUGUCCAUUACCCCACAGAGGACCCCAAGACUUGGAACGACUCAGCCAGCCUCUCUCGCACCAUCCGCAAAGUGUCGGAAAGUCUGCCAGGCUCCAGAAAGCUCAACGGCUGGAGUCCUCUGCCGGAAUAUCAGAAGCCCCCACUGUCAUGUUUGCGGCAACAGUGUUCAGAAGAAAAAGAAGAGAAGCCGCCCCUGAGACAGAAGUUUGUCUACUCGGAAAUGUCGGAAGCUGUCGAGCGGGCGAGGCGGCGACGGGAAGAGGAAGAGCGCAGAGCGCGGGAAGAGCGCCUGGCGGCCUGCGCAGCAAAACUGAAGCAGCUGGAUCAGAAAUGCAAGCUGGCACAGAAAGCGGGAGAUGGUCCCAAACACGUCGAGAGUGAUGAGCCUCGAUCCUCGACCUCGGAGAAGAGCGCCGUCUCGGACAACAGCCACGUAACUCGGAGAGCCGUCCCUGAGCCUCAUGCCCAGGAGCCCCCUUCCGGUUACGUGGAUGAGGAGACCCCAGCGGCUGCCGCCACUGCAGCGCUCCGGAGUAGCAGCGAGGAGGAGCUCCGCGAAAGUGUUUCCCCCAUGCAGGAAUUCGGCAAACUCCCCAAGCUCCUUCCCCCGCGGUUCCAGAGAAAGCAGCAAGGUUGAGGAUUCUUACUCGGCACCUUCAGAGCUAAGCACCCAACAUGACUUCUUCGAAGAAGUCGGAGAAGACUACUUAAGCUCCUUCGAGAAGAAACCCCAGGGGAAUUUCGAGCGGUGCGUCAGUCCCGCAGAAAGGGCACCCCAAGAACGAAUCUUUCAGCCCCCCGAGUGCGGCUCUGACCUUUCCGACCCUUGUGAUCGUAGCCUGUUGAAUUCUCCUUUGGAGCCCGGUUCCAUUCCGGAUGAAAAGAAGAAGUCCGAGUACAACGGUUGGGACAUCAGCCAUUUUUCAAAACCCUUGGAAGAGGAACCUUCCACGAAAGAAGAGGUCUUCCAGGAGGACUCCUUGUUUGGCUCCGAGAUGUGGAAAAAGGAAGGAUCCAGUAGCAAGCAAGCCAACCCUGGAACUGGAUGGACGACUCCCGAGAACCGAAAUGGCAGCGGUCAACCGCCACAGCAGCAAGAGCCGACGAGCAGAACCCGCCGAUCCGGUCCGAUUAAGAAGCCAGUCCUGAAAGCUCUGAAAGUGGAGGAGAAGGAAAAAGAACUAGAGAAGGUGAAGGUCGAUGGAGAAGAGACGUCCCAUCCCUCUAAAGAAAAGGGUCCCCCGCCGAAGGCGUCUGAGGAGAUCAAUCCCGGAGGGGUUGUCCACUCCACUCGCUACCGCUCGUUGGACGAGAGAUGCUCCCCGCAAACCCCCAUCCCGGAGAACGAGAGACGUCACGAAGACAACGAUAAGGACAGCAAAGAAAAGGAGACGGUCACCAAGGACUUGGAGGGCAAGAAUCCGUCAAGGGAGUUCGCUGAGCUGCCUCCGACCAAAAGAAACAACUGGAUCUUCAUUGAUGAGGAACAGGCCUUUGGCGGACGAGGGCAAGGACGAGGCCGUGGACGCGGCUUCCGAGAAUUCACCUUCCGAGGCCGGAGCAACACGGUGGGGUGUGGCGGCGCGGCUGUUGCUAGUAGUGGCGGCGGGAAUCUCCGAGGCGGUUACAACAGCAGCAGCAGCAGCAAUGUCGGGGGUCCCCCGAGAAGCAGCCGAGGGCGAGCCUUGAGAGACUUCAAUCAGGGGGAAGAGUUCCCGCGGGGAAAGCCCAGGCGCCGGAUCGCGAGCGAGACCCACAGUGAAGGCUCCGAGUACGAGGAGCUGCCGAAGCGUCGUCGUCAAAGGGCCUCUGAGAAUAAUAACGAAGGUUCCCUGGUGGAAAGGGAAGAGGAUGACCUCAAGAAAGGGGAUUUCCACGAUUCCUGGAGAUCCAAUAAGAUCUAUUCAGAUGAUCAGGACGCCAAGUUGAGGGCCCCACGAGCUUUCGGGCGAUCCUUACCCCCACGGUUGAGCAACUCGACUUAUGGGCGACGAGGAUUCGUUUCUAAGGAGUCUUCCCAAUGGCAGAGUCGAAGUGGUGGAAACACUUGGCAAGAACACAGCCACAACGCCCCUCUGGAGGCCUUUGCCAUCCGCCGCCCAUCAGAAAGGGAUUACGGCCAAGAGUCUUACAAGGCUUCGGACUCGUUUAGCCGACGGGCGUUUGAAGAGGACUACGGAGGUGACCCCGAAAACGUGGAGAACCGGCCGUUCCGUCGACGCCGCCCCCCUCGUCAAGACAAACCGCCCCGAUUCAGGCGUUUGAGGCAGGAACGUGAGCCUGUGAGUCAGUGGACCCCUGAAGAGGGUGGGGCCGACCUGGCGGCUUGCCAGUGGCCGCGUAGAGCCAAAUUGGUCACGACAGAUUAUAACGGUCCCUCAAACAGAAGGUCUCCAGAACUCUCCUAUCAGAAUACCUCGGAUCACGCCAACGAAGAGUGGGAGACGGCCUCGGAAAGCAGCGACUUCAGCGAGAGGCGGGAGAGGAGGGGCGGUGGUGGCGGGAACACGGAGAACGAGGCGCUGUUGGAUGGUGGGGCACCCGGGAGCACCUUGGGGGAGAAGAGAGACCUGGCCAAGAGGAGCUUCUCCAGUCAGAGGCCUGUGGUAGAUCGGCAGAGCCGGAAAUCCGAUCCCGUAGGAUUUGGGGAGAAAGCUGUCCGAGCUGGUGGGAACCGACCAGCGUCCUACUACGAAAACCAGCAGAAUGUGCUGCAAUUGAGGAGCAAAAGAUCUCCAGAUGAAAACGGCAUUCCUGAUAACGGCAGUCCUGGGCGAAACCGUUCCACUUACGGCUCUCAUUCCAACCUGAAUGGUGUCGAAAGCCUGGAGAAAAGGCAAGAGAAGGAGCUGAAGCCCGUGGUCAGCGAGAUGAGCGAGAACGUCAGUCCCUUCGAGCUCAGCUACAGAGGUGGUGUGAUGGACAGCCGUGGGGCAGGGCCCGGGGCAGGGGCAGAAGUGGGGCCGAUGAACAGCGAAGGGUUCAUUGAGGUGCUCACGAAGAAACAGCGACGGCUGCUGGAAGAGGAACGGAGGAAGAAAGAGCAAGCCGCACAG